AUGUAUCCCACUCGGAUUCUGCGGAUGCAGGCCGCUCGGCCUCUCUACCACCCUUCUCCGAAGGAGCCUCACAGCGCCCACACUAUCUCGCAGCGUUUGCGCCAGAUCAAGAGGACCCCCCCGGAGUUGAUCCCUCUCGGUAUUGUCCUUGGUGUCGCUGUCGGUGCCGCCAUCUACUCCAGCGCCCACAAGCUGUUGUCUGACAAGACCCUGCGUCUCUACCGCAACAGCCCCGAGAGCCGUGAGCACUAA